UAGCCCGGGGAGGCUGCUUCACCUUAAAAACCAAUGUCUGUCCGUGUUGCUGUACUAUCACAGAGGGAGCUGCGGAGACAGUACGAGUGGCAGCAACAUUAACAGCUUCUGUACACAGUCGAGAUCCGGGAGCUGCUCCAUUCCGUGAAAAAAAAAAAAAAAAAAAAAAAACGCCGAGAGGAAAACUGUCUAGGAAAGCAGGUCUGCGGCUGCGGUUUGCUGGCUGCCGGAGCGGAACUGGGGAUUUCAGGCGCACUUUUCCUACUUUCACUAGUCGGACCUUGAACAGCCUGUUGUGUCAUUGUCGGACACUAAGAAAAGGAAAGCGACUGGGACGUUUCCCAAGAUGGCAUCAAGUGACUCGCGGCUCCAGCAGCAGCCGUCCCAGAAGGAUGCUGCCGACCAGAACUUUGAUUACAUGUUCAAGUUGCUGAUCAUUGGCAACAGCAGUGUGGGCAAAACCUCCUUCCUGUUCCGGUACGCAGACGACUCCUUCACCUCUGCCUUCGUCAGCACAGUGGGCAUCGACUUCAAGGUCAAGACUGUCUUCCGCAACGACAAGAGGAUCAAACUGCAGAUCUGGGACACAGCAGGACAGGAGCGCUACCGCACCAUCACCACAGCCUACUACAGAGGAGCCAUGGGCUUCUUGCUUAUGUAUGACAUCACCAACCAGGACUCCUUCAAUGCAGUUCAGGACUGGGCGACCCAGAUCAAGACGUACUCAUGGGACAACGCCCAGGUGAUCCUAGUUGGUAACAAGUGUGACCUGGAGGAUGACAGGCUUGUGCCCACCGAGGACAGUCAGAGACUGGCAGAGGAGCUAGGUUUCCAGUUCUUCGAGGCCAGCGCUAAGGACAACAUCAACGUCAAGCAGGUGUUUGAGCGUCUGGUGGACGUCAUCUGUGAGAAGAUGAACGAGAGCAUGGAGGGAGACAUCAACCUCAUAUCCAACCACAGGAACCAGGGCCUUCAGGACUCGCCUCCAGAGAGCCAGGGUUCCUGCGCUUGCUAAACCAUCUGCCUUCGUGCCAAGUCCCCCAACACACAUGCACACACACAUACACAAUUACUCAUACACACAAAGGCCAAGUCGUUCACUGUGCCUCAACUGUGGAAAGUGCUGCACCUCCCUCUCGCUCUCCGGCUCUCCUCUCCCACAGCCCAAAGAAAGCCUGAGAUAACCCAUCAGCACGUCCACACCACUCUCUCUGGCCUUCUCCUUUCCUGUCGUUUCCCCACUCUGUUUCUAUCUGUCCUUCUCCCUCUCUCUCUUUCUCUUUCUCUUUCUCUCAUGCACACAUACACACACACCCUUCUAUUCCCUCUUUCAUGUUGCACUCCAUGGCCUUGACAUUUUAGUUCUGCGCGGAGCUGAUACCCCAGUAAAGCCCACCCUGUACACCCCACACCCCUACACCAACUGCCUUGACCACAUGAAGUCAAUCCGGCGCCUCUCCUCUUUAGUUCCUUUGUUUUGGUGGCUUUACUUUUCAAGCAAAAUGCUUGUUCUGUCAGCCAGUGAUGGAAAAUGCUAGUCUCAGUAAUUGCAGUGUUCGCAGUUUGUUGUACUUUUGGGGUCAUUUUUAUGUUUGAGGUUUUUAGCUGUAACCGAUGCUCUUGAUUUGGGCUUUUAUUUACAGUUUAGACACUCCACCUGAAAUUUAAUACAGUUUUAUAAUGAUGGUAAAAGAAAUUGGAUUCUCUCAGUCAUUGAACGCAAUCAGAAUUUGUCUUAUCUGCACCAGUUAUUGUAAAAAAUAAUUUAUAGUCCCUUCAUAUACACCUGUCAGCACAGCAUGGCCAAAUGAAAUUCAGUGGCGAGAAUGAAUGUAAGCCUUGUUGUUGUCUUGUUUUUAGGGUUCAGUGUUUUGUAUGCUGGUGCUGCCUUUCUUCCACUAAAUAAUUUCCCUGUUGUAUGAUUAUCAGGUGUUAUAUACUGUAUGUCUCAACAUAAUAAUAUGGAUUGCGCUUCUUUUCCUGGCUAUGGAACAACAUGAAAAAGCAAAAUCUGAUCAUUGUGAUUAUCAAGAAAAUCAGCUUCAUAUGUAUUGUCGUAAUGACUUAUUCAGUCUUAUGCUAGUCUUGCACUGGCUUUGCCUCCCUCAGUGCUUCUUCUUAAUCAUUUAAUCCUGAUCUUGUACUGUGCACUAAAGUUGAGAUUCCCUUUUACCAGAAAGCCAGAGGAAAAUGGUUUUAGUAAAAUGUGAAUUAUUCUGGCCUUUUCUCAGCAUCAGAGCAAUAUUGCACAAGACGUGUGCUCUGGGAUUUUGCCAGCAUAAGGAAGCCAUUUAACAUUUGUGACACGCGUACAGGUCACAUGACCUGCAACAUGUCAUGUCCUCAUGCACCCUUUUGGGCCACAGUUUCCUGAGGACUGUAUUCUUUCUUUCACACAUGCUCUCGUCAUAACACACUGCAUGCACACACACUGCUCCCUUACUGCAGCAUGGCAAAAUAGUUAACCUACUACACUGUUUAACUGAAUAUUUACAAAAGUGGUAACCUACUGUUUUUGUUUCUGAGUUGAUACUUGUUGUGUGCAACUGCAGUGCAGUUCAUCAGAAAGGGAGGAUCAGGAUGAGUUCAUGUCCUCAACUACACAAUUAUCAAAUGAAAAUGUGCAGAAUGAGAGCAAUUGGAACUGCUAGCCUAUAGGGCCUAUGUUUAAAUAUAUAUAUCACAUUACUGUAAUAGCUGUUAUUACUUUUCAUUUCCACUGAAGUAAACAAAAAGGAGGGAAAUUUGGUCCACAUAAUCAAUGAGAUGAAUAUGUUUGUAACUGGUGCAACAGUGCACGUUAUACAAUUUUUUUUGUUGUUCUAGUUCUGUAUUGAAUGUAUAAACUUGCCUUGCUUAUAAUAAUACCCUUAUGCGUGAGGUUGAAUAAAUUCAAAGUCUUUGGGCUGUACAACAGAUGGAGAACUUGUCUAAGCCAAUGGAAGAUCUGUUCAUGGAGAUAUGGAUCAACAAAUGCAUCAGCACUGUUUCUUCUCUGUCUUGUUCUUCCACACAUGUAGAGCUAUUUCACUAUCACAGUCCACGUGCUAACUACUGGUUGUCAGUUAGUGUCAACCACAGCCUCUGCACCAUGAUAGCAACUUCACCAUGCCAAAACCCCUCUCUGCAGCUCAGGGGCUGGGCCAUAUCCACCAACAACUGGUCACCCCACUCCCUCCUAUUGUCUAAGGCUGUGCUCUGUUAUCUCUGCUGUCAUUGUGUGCUGUUGAUUACUGAUAUGCUGUUAGAGAUAGAAGAUAGCUAAUAUCAUUUCAUCUGCACCUUACAUCACUCCAUAAUGAGCUUUAUUUAUGGCACACGAGUUUAACCAUAAGGGGAACAUAUACAAGGUUGAGGUCUGAGUGCUGAUUCAUGACACUAAAUCGGUAUUACACCAUCUGUAUAAUGCACUGAGCAGUUUUGCAAUGUGUUUAAACGGAAAGAAGGGUUAUCAGUCAUGAAGCGCUGUACUGUUGUGUGGGUGAAGGAUAUUAUAAUGUCUGCUGCUGGAAUAUGAAUUGAAUAUUGUGAAGUUGUUCUUGGCACUAUUGCGCUAAACUCUCUACUGAUGCUGAAGUAGUAACCACUAAUUCAUUUAAAAAAAAAAAAAACAACAUAUUCCCUCUUAUACAAAUUAGUUUAUGGCAUCUG